GCAGGGUGGAGCCCAGCUGACCGGGGCCGGGCGCGGGCGGCGGGGCGCUAGCGCUGCGCGCCCUGCAGGUGGCGCCGCGCGCCCGCCGCUGGGGCUGUGGGAAGAGGAACCGAGCUGGGCCUCGCCGCCUCCUGCGCUCGACUUCCCGGCCGGGAGCGCGCGGCGGAGCCGAGGCGUCUGUGCGGCGCCGCCAUGGGGAAGCGGGACAACCGGGUGGCUUAUAUGAAUCCUAUAGCUAUGGCCAGAUCACGAGGUCCUUCCCAGUCUGCAGGGCCAACAAUACAGGACUACCUGAACAGACCAAGGCCUACAUGGGAAGAAGUGAAAGAACAACUAGAAAAGAAAAAGAAAGGAUCAAGGGCAUUGGCUGAGUUUGAAGAAAAGAUGAAUGAGAAUUGGAAGAAAGAACUAGAAAAACACAGGGAGAAAUUAUUAGGUGGAAAUGAGAGCUCCUCCAAGAAGAAAGAGAAAAAGAAAAAGGAAAAGAAGAAAUCAAAUAGGUUGUCUUCAUCUUCCUCUUCUUCAUCAAGCUCUGAUUCUUCCAGCAGUUCAUCUGAUUCUGAUGAUGAGGAUAAGAAACAAGGGAAAAAACGGAGAAAGAAGAAGUAUCGCUCCUUGCGGAAAUCUUCUGAAAGCUCUACUUCUGAUUCUGAAUCAGAUAGCAAGGCCUACCAGAGUAAGAGCAGUGUCUUUGCGUACUGCAGGGCAAGGACAGAAGCAGUUGUACAUAAUGUUCAUGUGAAUUUCCAGGACAGCACAAAAAAGAAAAAAUCAAAGGAAGAACAUGAAAGAGAAAAGGACAACAAAAGUCUUAGUAGGAAAAGGAAGAAAAUUGAUCGUGGGAAUGGACCUUUAUCAUCUGAGUCCUUAUCAGAGUCAGAUCCUACAGAGGAGGUACAAGUGAAAAAGAAAAAAAACAGUGAAGAAAGAGAGAAAGUAACAGAUAAAACAAAAAAGAGAAAGAAGCACAAGAAACACAGUAAAAAGAAGAAAAAGAAGACAGCUGGUUCAAGUUCAGAUUCAGAAUAACACUUAAAAAUCAAGCCUGUCCCUUCAACAAAAGUGCAAUGACUAAAGGAAACUUCAACUGUGAAAAUUAUCGCAAACUUUACCACACUGCAUGAGUUUUCCAGUGUUUUAGAAAUAUUACUAGACUUUCAAUAGCCAGCCAGGUGCUAAUGUGCCCAAAAAGUCCAUUGUUGUUGCCUGCUGCUUAAUACCUGGGGUACAAUUUUUUUUUAAUUACAGUAGCCAGUGUUAGUUUAAAAUCAUGAGAGAGGGUGGUCCAGCUAAAAUGUAAAAUAUUAGGAAAUAGAGUGCAACUUUUAGAUACUAGUGUUUUAACAAGUUAGUAAUAUAGUCCAAUUUUUAAAUCUGCAAAAAUAAAAUAAAAAAUUCAUCUUGAAGAGGAAUAUAACAUAAGACUAUUGAUACUUGCUGACUACUAAUGCCAUUUGUGAAAUGGGAAUAGAAUAGUAACAAUUUUAAAGGUUACUUUUGUAGAAGUAUUUAUGAUAAUUUUGCCCUUUAUUUUCUUUUGGGAGUGUUACCAUUUUGGCUAGCUGAAUUAGGGUGCCUUUGAUCCUUGCAAAAUCUAACUAUUUUUAACAGUACAACAGCUAUAUUUCCUAGGGAGAUCAGAACUGGUAUCAGCAGGUUUUUCCUGAAUAAACAAUUCUGGGCCUCUAGCAUGUACUUCUUCAUUAAGUAAGAGCAGUGACACACUGCAGCAUAACUUGACAUCCAAAAGACUUUACCUCCACUUUAUUGAAAUGAUGCUGAAUACUGUGCUAUUAAUAUGUAUUAUAUCAUUUAAAGUAAUUUUGAGUUUAACUGAACAUUUUUGGCAAACACUGGUAGCUUUUUUCCUUUGCAUUGUCAUUGAGAUAUUUAGAAUUAUUUUGUAUGUUUUGUACCAUUUUUAAAUAACGUACAGGUAUUCAGUUGUAACUAGUGAUUUUUUUUUAAUGAAUUAUGUUCCAGGUGUGGAGUUUCAUGUAUGUAUUUACUUUAUUCUUAUAGUAAGUUCAUUUGCUGUGAUAAAAUGCACACUUGCUGAAAAUAUUUAGCAUGUAAAAAGCAGGGUUUUGAUAUCUAACAGCUUCAUAUUGAAGCUGAUUUUACUCUAAGCAAGUUCAGUGGCAGACCUGUUAUGCGGAUGUGUCUUGUUAUAUAAAACUACUGCCAGAAUCUCAGUAAAGAUACUCUUUAAAAAGUU